GAGCAAUCUUACAAAACGACAAACGAACAUCUUCACGCUCACCGACCACCCAACAUGCCCGGCUUCGAGAAGUACAAGGACAGGAACUAUACAAGUCGCCAGGUUAUCUGCGAAUGCUGCAACCAGCUCGUAAGCAAGGGCACCAGAGAUGACCACCAGAGCCGUCUGAAGAAGAGGGACAGAGGUGCGGAGGAAGAGAGGCUGGAAGGUGAAGGGAGUAAGAGGGCCAGACACAUGAAUGAAGACCAGGAAUCAGAAAAUGAAGGCAGAGGUGGUGAUCUCGUCAUUGACGACGAACCAAGAGGCGAAGAUGUGGAAGAUGAUAUCGAGCAACGGUCGCAGCAGAUGAGCUCUCAGGGUCUCAGACACGGUGUCUCUGGUGGCAAUUUGUUGGUAGCUGGUGAUGAGAGAGGCAAUCGAAACUCCGCCGAGCCACCCAAUUCUCAAAUGCAGCACCGCGCACCAUCCUCGCUCAGCCAAGCUCCCAGCACUGUCGACUCUCUCCCAGAUGCGAACGACUCGGAUGCGGAUGACAGAGAGCAGGGGAGGUCGUUCCUGGAGAUGAAAACCAAGCCUCCGGCGACUCGGAUCAAAGUGGUGAUGGUGAAAGUGAUGGUGGGGAUGGAAGCAGUGGAGACGAAAGCGAUGACUCUAGCGAGCGGUCAGAGAGGGAAAGCUCAAGUGCGAGGAGUGAUGAAGCAUCGGCAAGCGAGCAGAUGCGUGCUCGAAAGAUGAUAGAAUUCGGACCCAUCAGCUACACUGUCGAUGACCAGACCGCCCGUGAGAGGCUCAUGCUGUACAAUUGGAAAGUCCAGAAUAAUGUUACCCGGAAGGCUUUCGACGGGUGAAGAGUUUUCGGAAGCCCAGGAGGACUUAUAUCAUUGACAGGGGCACUGAAGCCAGCAGAGUGGAUAUUGUCAUGUGAUUAUGGCUGACUAUAGCUGUGUCACACGGGUCCAUGACCUACGUUACAAGCUCUAUAUAUGAAUGUAUCAUGUAGUUUAUGUAUAAGACAUGUCUAUGUAUGCAAAAA